AUGGUGACAAGUGUCCCAUGGUGGCGACACUUGUCACCACCAUACCGGCUCCUGCAUGCUAUCAAAACACUAAACCACAUCUUAAAAAAACAAGAUAAAACUUUCUCUCUCUUCCUCUUAACACUCACGCUGUCUCUCUUUUCUUUAUUCACAUGGUUCGCCGGAGACGAUGCCUUGGCCACCGCGCUGGAAAUUAUCUCACGGCGGUGGAUACGGCGUCAAGCGGUGAACUUGCUCCGAUAUCUACUUUUCUUGUAUCAAUGGCUUCGUCUCUUCAUCCUGAACACUAAUCCGACAUUUGAUUUUGCAGAUGCUUGUUUGUUUCACGUAGAUCUUGAAAGGGAUAUAAUAACCCUAAGAUGCUCAGAUCGCAAUUUGGGUGACGAUGAUGAUGAUGCGCAAUUGAUGUUGAUAAUCGAUGAUGAUGAUGCGCAAUUAAUGAUGAAGACGAUGCUUCUGAGUGCCUUUUAG